CUCUGGUACAGAGACGAAGCUUAAUUACUAAGUGAAGACCAAAUUCGACCUCGGAAUGUUGCUGUUUCUGUUGUUGUUAUCGGCCGUUGGAGUAGCAGUGAGCGAACAGUGUGAAGCGGAUCUACAAGAUGGUGAAGAUUUCAGCUACGGAGAUACUACCUCACAAGCUCCUGGUCCAUCAGAUUGGUAUAUAAAAUGGGAACGAUGUGGUGGUAAUCGGCAAUCUCCGAUCAACAUCGACACGACUCGGGUGAGAGAGAGAAAGUACCGAACUCUGAAAAUAGAAUUCGACAACUCCGGAGGCCUGGUCGCUGGAGACCUGGAAAACAAUGGAAACUAUCCCACUUUUUCUGUUGAUAAGAGCAAAGGAACAGCGAGACUUAAAGGAAGUCGGCUUACAGACACGUACGUACUGAAAGGGUUCCACGUGCACUUCGGAUGCGAAAACGAUCGGGGAUCGGAACACACUCGUAAUGGCCGACGUUAUUCUGGCGAGGUUCAUUUUCUCUUUGAAGAUCCAAGUGGACGAUAUGCAGUCGUAGCCUUUUGGCUCAGGCAUUCUACUACGAAAGAAAACGUGAUUCUAGGAAGGUUUGCAAAUCAGCUGGAAAAGAUUAAAGAAGUCGAUCAGUCUACGGAAAUAAAGAAGGCGAUUGGAAUUACUCUGAUGGAUCUUAUACCACACAAAAGUCGGCAACGAAAAACCUUGAUAUUGGCAGACUAUUACUACUAUAAAGGCUCCCUAACCACCCCUCCCUGCUGCGAAAAUGUGUCAUGGUUCAUUUUGAAACCAAGAGUUCCUAUUACGGACUAUGAGCUGUCGCAGUUCAGGACAUUGGAGGGCCGUUAUCCCAAGGACCCCCCGGCCAUGUGUGACAACUACAGACCACUUCAGCCGCGGAAUGGCCGCCGAGUUUAUUCCGUCACUAACUUGAAGUAAUGAAAUGAAAUUGUAAAUUUCAUCA